GAGAGGGGGAGAGACACAGAGGCCUCACUCCACACACUGUCUUGUCUCUCAGUCCCAGAGCUUUCUUGGAUCGCGAGGAAUCCACUGGAAAUUUUGCAAUUGUAGUAGAGAACUGUAUCGUCCGACGAAGGUGCAUGGUGUUGGCCAUGGGUCACGGCAGGGAACAGAGACGAGCAGGUCGGCGCUCUCCCCCCAGCUCAUUGAUCCUGUCCUCGCUAUAAGGUAGUCCUGCGGUGGCCUCCGAAUUUCACUCGAUCGAACACGACAUGAAGCGGCCACGCGGCGCCAGUCCCCCUCUGGCUGCGAUGACCAAUCCGAACGAUGAUGGUUACGGCGUGGUCGGGAUGGAGGCGGACGCAGACGCGGACGCGGACGAGGAGAUGAUGGCGUGCGGCGGCGGCGGGGAGAAGAAGCGGCGCCUGAGCUCCGAGCAGGUGCGCGCGCUGGAGCGGAGCUUCGAGGUGGAGAACAAGCUGGAGCCGGAGCGCAAGGCGCGGCUGGCGCGCGACCUCGGCCUGCAGCCGCGCCAGGUCGCCGUCUGGUUCCAGAACCGCCGCGCCCGCUGGAAGACCAAGCAGCUGGAGCGCGACUACUCCGCGCUCCGCCAGUCCUACGACGCGCUGCGGCACGACCACGACGCGCUGCGCCGCGACAAGGACGCCCUCCUCGCCGAGAUCAAGGAGCUCAAGGCGAAGCUCGGGGACGAGGAGGCAGCGGCGAGCUUCACGUCGGUCAAGGCGGAGCCGGCGGCCUCGGACGGGCCUCCCCCCGUAGGGGUGGGGUCGUCCGAGAGUGACUCCAGCGCGGUGCUGAACGACGCGGACCCGCCCGUGGCGGAGGCGCCGGUGCCGGAGGUACGGGGUACUCUUCUUGACGCGCCCGGCGCCGUGGCGGCGAACCAUGGCGGCGUGUUCUUCCACGGGAGUUUCCUGAAGGUGGAGGAGGACGAGACGGGGCUCCUGGACGACGAUGAGCCCUGCGGCGGGUUCUUCUCCGUGGAGCAGCCGCCGCCGAUGGCGUGGUGGACCGAGCCCACGGAACACUGGAACUGAACCGAGGCGGAGGUAGAUGCAGCGCAGCGUAGACUCGGGAUCUGGGCCGAGCGGUGGAGGAAUAAAGAAUUCGGAGCGAGAGGCGGGGGCUUUUCUGCAAAUUUUGUAAAAUGGAGUUUUACGUAGCCCUCUUUCGUCAAUUCUCGCGCGAAUAUUUUAGCAGUAGCAGUAGUCUUUAGGAACCCAGUCGAGAUCAGUACCUGGUUGCGUUUGGACUCGAAUGCAAAAAAAAAUGCAAGAAAAAGAGAUGAGACCAAACACUGAUGCAGAAAGGGGAGAGAGGGACAGUGGGAAGAGGAGUGUAGAGGAAGAGCUGAGCGAGGUAGGGAGUAAAGGACAAGCUGUAUGUCACUGUUAGUGGGCCCAGGGCCACGUGAAAGUCAGGCAUUGUUGGCGCCCAAUUGACCGCCGGACUUGUCAGUGAUGCGGAUCGGCGACGUGAACGUGUCUGGCCGUGCGCUCCCCCAAUGGCCUCUUCCGCGGAAGCGUGGCUCUGGCUCCUUCGUCGACCUGUCGUGCGUCUCUGUAUCUAAUUUUGGAUGCUCGCCGACGCCGCUAGAUAGCUGUUUGGAUGCCGUGCCGUGAGAAAUGGCGAUCGUUUUUGUGCCCUCUUGCUCGAGCAGAUGCUUGUCCUUGUUAUAAAAAAAAACCCUGCGAGGUGUUAUAUAGGCUAGUGUGGGGUUCUAUCUUUUUCUCCAAUAAAUAUGUAGCCCUUUAUAAUAACUAAUGAAUAAAAGAUAACGCAAG